GGGAGGUGGGUGGGGGGAAGGCGGCUCCGCACACCCAAGAUGGCGGCGGUGGAGCUGGAGUGGGUGCCCGAGACGCUCUAUAACACGGCGAUCUCGGCCGUGGUGGAUAGUUACGGGCGGGCCCGGCGACGGGACAUCCGCUCGCUGCCCGAGAACAUCCAGUUCGAUGUGUACUAUAAGCUUUACCAACAGGGCCGCUUAUGCCAGCUGGGUAGUGAAUUUUGUGAACUAGAAGUUUUUGCAAAGGUGCUACGAGCUUUAGAUAAAAGACAUCUGCUUCAUCACUGUUUUCAGGCUUUGAUGGACCAUGGAGUAAAAGUUGCUUCUGUACUGGCCUAUUCUUUCAGUAGACGGUGCUCCUACAUAGCAGAAUCCGAUUCUGCUGUAAAAGAAAAAGCAAUCCAGAUUGGUUUUGUUUUAGGUGGGUUCCUCUCAGAUGCAGGCUGGUACAGUGAUGCUGAGAAGGUAUUUCUUUCCUGCCUUCAGUUAUGCACCCUUCAUGAUGAAAUCCUUCAUUGGUUUCGUGCCGUAGAAUGUUGCGUAAGGUUGCUGCAUGUUCGAAACGGUAACUGUAAAUAUCACUUGGGAGAAGAAACAUUCAAACUCGCUCAGUCUUACAUGGACAAACUUGCAAAACACGGUCAGCAAGCAAACAAAGCAGCGCUCUACGGGGAGCUGUGCGCACUGCUCUUUGCCAAGAGCCACUAUGAUGAGGCUUAUAAAUGGUGUAUAGAAGCUAUGAAGGAGAUCACAGUUGGCCUGCCUGUAAAAGUAGUAGUGGAUGUUUUACGACAAGCUUCAAAGGCUUGUGUUGUAAAACGUGAAUUUAAGAAGGCUGAACAGCUGAUCAAACAUGCAGUAUACCUUGCCCGGGAGCAUUUUGGAGCCAAGCACCCCAAAUACUCGGAUACGCUACUAGACUAUGGAUUUUACUUGCUCAACGUAGACAAUAUAUGCCAAUCUGUUGCAAUCUAUCAGACAGCUCUUGAUAUCCGGCAGUCAGUAUUUGGAGGUAAAAACAUACAUGUAGCUACAGCUCAUGAAGACUUGGCUUACUCUUCAUAUGUUCACCAGUACAGCUCUGGAAAAUUUGACAAUGCACUAUUCCAUGCUGAACGUGCUAUUGGCAUUAUAACUCACAUUCUCCCAGAAGACCAUCUCCUCUUGGCAUCUUCAAAGAGAGUUAAAGCACUUAUCCUGGAGGAGAUUGCAAUAGACUGUCACAACAAGGAAACUGAGCAGAGGUUACUUCAAGAAGCUCACGACUUACAUCUGUCCUCACUCCAGUUAGCUAAAAAAGCCUUCGGGGAGUUUAAUGUACAGACGGCAAAACACUACGGCAACCUUGGAAGACUGUAUCAGUCCAUGAGAAAGUUUAAGGAAGCAGAAGAAAUGCACAUCAAGGCAAUUCAGAUUAAGGAGCAGCUUCUAGGUCAAGAAGAUUAUGAAGUUGCCUUGUCAGUGGGCCACCUAGCUUCUCUCUAUAACUAUGAUAUGAAUCAAUAUGAAAAUGCUGAAAAGCUUUAUUUGAGAUCCAUAGCAAUUGGAAAGAAGCUUUUUGGUGAAGGAUACAGUGGACUCGAAUAUGAUUACAGAGGUCUCAUUAAACUGUACAAUUCCAUUGGCAAUUACGAGAAGGUUUUUGAAUACCACAAUAUUUUGGCCAAUUGGAACCGGUUGCGGGAUCGGCAGUUCUCCGUUACAGAUGCUCUGGAGGACGUAAGCACCAGCCCUCAAUCCACUGAAGAAGUGGUCCAGUCUUUUCUGAUGUCUCAGAACGUUGAUGGACAGGGUAGCUAAGAACUCGGUCAGUUAACCAGUUAAGGUUUUUUCCCCCAGGUUACAGGGGGAAAAGUCAUACUGUGAAAUCUAAACCAUGUAGUUCUCUGGGGGCUGGAAUUUGCAUUGAAACACUGGUCCAGUCUACUGAAGAGUGCCCAUACGGAUGAAUGUGUGUUAAAUUCUUAUCAGCAUGUGUAUGGCAUGUUUAGUUCGGCUCACAUUUUUAACUUGGUAUUCCCAAAAACCCCCUUCUUUCUUCUUUCAAAAGAAGCUACUUUGCAGAAAGUCUGCAAGAAAACAUUAAAUAAAACUGUUUGAGUUCAAAAGAGUUGCAUUGUUAUUAUGAAUGGAAGGUUUCAUCAAGAGCUUUCUUCCGAUCUAUAGAAGAAUAAGUGCUGUUCUGUGAGAAGUUACGCGAGAAGGGUCUUUCUGCUGUAUGCGUUGUAGCAAAGCUAAUCGUAAAUCUCAAGAAAAGGGAGGAUGCCCUAGCCUUGGCUGCUGCCUUACGAAGAGAAGUGGCAAAGAACCACUUUGGAGAGCAACAUAGUCUGAGAACCCCGAUAGGCUGCUCAGUGAGUAACCACCGUAUGUUGUUGUUCAUAUCCUGAACUGGACCAGUGUUCAUCUAGAAGCGAUAGAAGAUCCAGUAGACCAGCGAUCUUAGUGUUCUCUGGUACCACCCAAGAGUGCUAAUCUUCUGAACAGGACCAGGAAAAUCACGAGUGGACCAGCCUGCUAGAAACAGUUUUUGGACCAGUGGCUUUAAUUUAAUAUUUCUGCCCCUGCAUUCACUUUUACAGUAGAAUUAUUUCAUUUAGAUGUAUGAUCAGUGCAAAAUUAUAUUCAUGUAAUAGAUACAAAACUAGGAAGUGAACGUUCUUUAGCGGUUGCGACGGCAUGUCUUUACCUAGUGAGCUUCUACAGAUAUUAAUGUCAAUGCCACAAGCAAAAACUAGAAACGCUUAACUAUUUGCUGCAGCAAAUUUUUUUUUCCUUUUUGAAUGGGCUUACUCUAAGAAUCGAGGCAGUGACUUGUUUAUACCAGUUAAUAGUUUUGUAUUACAAUCCAGUUCGAUUUUAUGUUUCUGGAGAACACAACUUAUUGUACAGUUUGCAGGGGUCAGCGGAAAAUGCCAAAAAGCACAACAGGUCUUUCUUUGUGAUGCUUCAUUUCUACAUUAAACAACAGUAUAACCAGAAACUGAUUCCUUUAUAUUAAUUUAAAAAGCAGAAGUCAGCUGUAAAGCUCCUUUAAUAAUGCCUAUCUCACUAGCUUGUCUUAAUUUUUCUUCUGUUGGGGGGCUGCUUGGUUGUGUGGGGGUUUUUUGGUUUGGGUGUUGUUUUUGGUUUUGUGUUCUGUUUUUUUGUUGUUGGUUUGGGGUUUUCUUGGUUUUUUUUUUUUUGUUUGUUUUUUUUUUUUUUUUUUUAUGUUGAGGUAAUACUCAUUUGAAAGUCUGUGUAACAUAACAAACUAGGAACAACUCACUGCUGUUACCUCAGUUCUUCUUAUAGCGGCACAACCAGUGCUCCUAUAGUUAGAAAUCUGUCAGUUUGGGUUUUUUUCCCUUUCCCCCCCUAUUUUCAGGGGUUUAACUUGGCCGUGGAAGGUCAGUCCAGGCUGAGCUCGGCAAGCACGGCUCCGGCGAGACUUGGACUGGAUGGUUUGUUUGGGGUCUGGGUUUUAAUUUCUUUAUGAAGCUUGGGACAGAAAAAGCUGCUUGUUGGUCUUCAAGGAAAGAGUGCAGAGAAAUAGAGAUUUCAGACACAGCUUUGAGCUUAAUGGCUCUCUUAAGAACUGAAAUUUUAACAGGCCGAUAGUUCGUAUACUGGUGCCUUCAAGUAUAUUUUGGGGGGAAAGGCUGAAUAAUACCAACUUUAAAAUACAGUUGUGUAGUUAGCGAAUGCAGAUGUAAUGAUUGUGUGCUUGGAAUAUCUUCACUGACAUGAAAAGAAGUAUUUGCUUAAAACCCCCUGUGGUAUUAAGACGUAGACUGCAGUAUAUCCUCCAUGAAAAUCCAACUUAUGCAUGGAUUUAAAAUCUAAUUUAUUUAUAGCAAUUUUUGUUUGACAGCUUUAGGUUCUACAGCUAUCUACAAGGCAAAACAUACAGCCCAUAGAGCAGGGCACUGAUGAAUGAUAAAGUUCUUCUGAAUUCUUUUCUUAAGUCCUAUUAAAACUAUUUUUAAAUUGAAUGAGGUAUGUAGCACCAGUGUCAGAACUGAGGCAGGGGAGAUGUGCUUAAAAUUGUCCUAAGGCAGCUGUGUGAUUUCUGCACUGCGAAAGUGUUUAAAAGCUUCAAACUGGAUUUACACGUACGUUGCCUGGAAACUGUUGAUUUGCUCAGGGUUUCCAGGCUUGGGUGUCCCCUUCCAGCUUUUUGCCUGAGGAACCUCAAAGAUCUCAAGGGGUUGCGUUUGGGAUGAGGAGCAUUUUGGGCCGAUACCAGGGGAAGUGGUCUCUGUUGAACCGCUGCUGGUUUGCGUACGUGUUUCACGGUUUGCCUUCCAGCUCGGGCAGCCAGGAGAGCUUCCAACACGGGGCAGCCUGGGGAGAUGUUACCUUUCUGUUUCAUAACCAAACGUAUGGGUUCAGUUUGUUUCAUCGGUAGCUUUAUUCUCAAACCUUGCUGGGUGGAGGUACUUUUCUUUCUUUCCUAAAGCUGUUUCACCAGCACGUGGUGUACUGUGGUGCAUUGGCUUGUCUGGAAGGAAUUAAAUCACCCAGAACUCUGUCUGAUAAUGGAUUUUGGCCAAAAAAAUGUGACUUAGCCAAGAGUAGCUGCAGCGAUCCUGGUAGGACCGCUAGCGUGUUUUUCGUGCGACUGAAUUAAAUCCUGGUUGGACUCCUUGUAGCAUUUCCACGGCUCCAGUCCUGCCAAGGCACGUAAAUUCUGGAGAAAGGUGUGCUGUGGCUGACGGCUGAAGCUGUUAAAGCAGAGGAGGUUUGCAGAACAACUCUGCAGCUGCCUACAAAAUGCUCCGUUGCCCGCGCUGCGUGCCGUAGCUUGGAACCUUUGCCUUGCUGCAGCUGUAGUACUUCCUCUCCGUUUAGGAACAUAAACCUGACCUCUCUAGUGUUUGCUUCUGUGUCUCCUAAAUGGUCUUCUCGGAAGAUGCCUGUGUUGGCAGCCGGAGACUAUUUGGAACGUGGUGUUAGUGGAUAAUUACUGUUACUGCCCCUGCUGUUCCAGGUCGGUGUUUUGGGGAAAGCAGGACUCCCACUGGAGGACCCCAGAGGGAAGUGAAUGACUUGUCCCUCCGCGCCAGCGUGGUUGGAGUAGAGCUUGUAGUAUUACCUCACUGUCCCCUGACUGCUGCACCAGGCAGAGCUGAAGGAGCAGAGGGUGUAAUCCCCGACGUUCUCCGUGGAGUUUUCCAGGGCAGAACUUGCCCCCUGCACCUCCCUGUCCCCGCUGGGAGCCGGGAGCAGGCAGGGCCAGGGCUGUACCCGGGUCGUGCCCCCCCCCACUCAAGUAGCCAACUGGGAAACACUAGAGAAAGUUAAUUAAUGAUCAGCAUUUUGUAGACGCCCAGCGCACCCACGGCUCGCUGUGCAGGUGCCGUCGGGUGCUGGCGUUAAAGGGGGAGACCUGUGGGUGGAAACCCAGUGAAAUAAAUCUUCUGAGUUUUUCUUGAAGGUAAGUCGUUUAAUCACACCAGAGUAAUUAGAUGCCAGCGGUGAGGACAGGUGUCACCUUAAAGAAAAUUAAAUAUUCUUUAAAUUAAACCCUUAAUAUUUUACUUUCAGCAUAAUGUUGGUGGAAUCGGUCAUUUGUAUGUCCUGUUUUAUGCAAACCCUGCAGUUGGUAAAGAGAGGGAGGAAGGUGAUGGCAGGAUUCCUGCGCUGUUCCCGGGCCCGGGGCUGUUCGGGGUGACUUGUUACGGAAAGGGAACAGGACACCAGGAUUUUAAGAGCUGGCAAAAGGGGAAGAGGCAAGUCGCAGUAAGAGAUUUGAAACUAAAUGGAUCCCUCAGCUACUUGAAGUAAAACACAUCGUGACUGUUUGGCCCCAAACAGUCGUUCGGUCGCUUUUAUUGCGUGACGUGGAUUACAAGCAGGAAGUGUCUGCCGCGUGUCCGUGUCUUCACGUGCGCUCUUUACUCUGUAGCGAUACCUUUUGUUCAAGACUUUUUUUUUUUUUUUCUUUUUGCACACAGAUUUUGUUAUUUUGAAGGGUUUUUGUUGUUGAAUUCUAACUUAUUAGGACAACGAUGUUCUUUUGUAACUUUAAAAAUGAAGUUUUUCUUUAAAUGUGCUGCAGUCUGAGAUUUGCUCAAGGUGCCAUUGCGCUGCUUCUCAUGGUACAAAAAAUGCGCAUUUAACUUGAUUUCCUUUUUGUAGUCCUACGUGUUGGCAGAGUACAAAAAGGAAAACGCAUCGUGCCUAAAACAUGAUUGAAGCUAUUGACAAAAACUUUACUUGAUUUGUCUGGAUCGGAUUUGACUUCACAGGGUGGCAGCAAAUGGUGCAGGGGAGCUGCUGCCGUUCCCAGUCUUCAAACCGAGAUCCCUCCCUCUGCUGCCUGGGCAGAAACCUUAUUUUACCGAAAGGUCAUCGUUUCCCUUUUUCCUCCCCUUUUAUAAUAACAACUGGCCAAGCGUUGGUUGCAAAUCCGGCUCUCCGGGGCGGGGGUCUCCCUGUCUGACACGACGGGCCUGUUGCACGUUGUGUUUCUUGGCCUCGCGAGGAUUUCUGUGAGAAGCAGGGAAGAAAUUUCCUUUAUCUAGAAAUAAACUCAAGGGCGUGUGAGAAGUUGGCGGUGCUGGUAACGCUUUUGUCCCUAAAUCUCAGGAAUGUUUUAGGCAGUGAAACAGGUUUCCCCGUCGGUGAUAGAAAGGUGCGUGCUCUCGGGUCUUGUUUAACAAUAUUUCAUUGCAAUCCUAGGUAUCUAUAGCAUGAGUGGCCUUAGUGAGUUUGUUGAAGUGCACAUUUUCUUUUUUUUUUUUUUUUUUUGUUUUUUUUUUGUUUUCCAGAAGUAAAUUUUAAGAUGAAAAAGAUAUAUACUAUAUAAAUAUAUAGAGAUAUUUAGAAACUUGGUUUGUGGUGCACAAGUUCAGUGUUGGAUCGCUAAAUAAUUGUCGCAGGUACCAUAUGUGUAACUUUUUUCUUUUAUGUAUAUUCCUUUAUGGGAAGCGAUGUUGCCAUGGUAACUACAACUUUACAAUUUCUUUACUACUUAAUGAUGUGAAUGAACUCUACAUUUUAUUGAAUAUUGCCAGGUUCAGUACUAUUUUUAUACUUUAUUGAACUACAGGGGAUUUUAAUUUAAUAGCAUUUUAAAAAAAAAGAUGUUGCUUGAACUGUAUAACUGUAUAAACUGAACUACUUACACAGAAGCCACCUCUGAACCCGAAUCUCUGCCUGUAGUGCCACAUUCAUUUAUAUGAGAGUAUCUUGAUCAUCACUAGACUUUGACGACCACCCCACUUGUCAUGUCAAGACUAACGUUUCGUAUCCUCCUCCUCACAGACGGCAGUGCCCGACAUUCUUUGUAACCAUCAAACCAUACUAUGUUUGUAACCAGCCUUGUGAUAUUCUGUAAUUGUAUUGCUAAAAUGAAAUAUUGACCUAAUAAAUAUAGUGGUUCCCGCA